AUGUAUUUCCGUCAAUGGACAGCCAUUCUCAGCCUCCCGGCCUGGCUGCAAUAUUCCUGCGUCAGUGCUGCAUUUGGCGGUGACAGUGACCACCCAUACGACAGCGACGUCCUCAAGCAGCAGGAAACCCUCUUCGGGCUGUGUCCGGACUACACUAGCUAUGCCCGUCAUAUACACAAACCCUUCAGUAAUGGCCCUCUCCAACUACCGUUCCAACGACCUCACCCGAGUUGUCGCAAAUUCUCUUCCCCGGCUGUGGAACAGGUGAUCAAUGAUCUCUAUCCUCGGUUCAAAGAUCCAGAUCUCGCGCAGAUCUUCCAGAAUGCGUUUCCAAACACCCUCGACACGACGGUGCUGUGGCACGUAGAUGGAGAAAAGAAACAUGCGCCACCGUCGCGAUUACUGCGGGACAAGGACAGAUGGAAAGGGGCACAUUCAUUCAUCGUGACGGGAGACAUAAACGCCGAAUGGUUGAGAGACUCUACGAACCAGCUGGCUCAAUAUCAACUCCUCGCCAAAUCCGCCCCGGAUAUAUCGAACCUCAUCCUCGGAGCGAUCAAUACACAGGCGGAGUUUGUGAUAUCUUCACCUUACUGCAACGCAUUCCAGCCUCCGGACCCGUCCCGUCUGGCCCCAGUUCACUCGGGUCAAGACGAUAUCGUCCAUCCGGCCUACGAACCCACGGUUGUGUUUGAAUGUAAAUACGAACUCGACAGUCUCGCAGCGUUCCUCAAGCUGACGAAUGAAUACCACGCGUCCACCGGCUCGACAGCCUUUCUGACGACUCGAUGGUUCAAGGCUCUUGACGCCCUCUUGCAAGUACUGGAUGCACAGGCCAGACCAACUUUUAACCCGACAACGGGAUGGUACGAGCGAAAUCAAUACACAUUCAGCCGCUGGACGCGCAUUGGGACAGAGACUCUCAAUUUGGAGGGCACAGGAAACCCCUUGGGAGGUGGAACGGGCUUGAUUCGCUCUGCUUUCAGGCCUUCGGAUGAUACAACCAUCUUCGGCUUUCUCAUUCCCGCAAACGCAAUGAUGUCUGUUGAACUGUCUCGCGCGGCGAAAAUGCUCAAGUCCGCCGGCGUGGCCUCUUCGCAAGAACCACAAGCAACGCACAUGAUUCAAGUUGGUGACGACCUCGCCCAGCGUGCAGAGACCAUUAAAAAUGGCAUCUACAAGCACGCCGUCGUCACGCAUCCAGAGUUUGGCCAAGUCUUUGCCUACGAGGUCGAUGGGUAUGGAUCCCACCUUCUCAUGGACGACGCGAACAUCCCUUCUCUCCUCUCGCUGCCUCUCCUCGGCUUCGUCGACGUCGACGACGAAAUCUACCAGAACACCCGACGCAUGAUCCUCACCCAACGUGGGAACCCGUAUUUCCUCAAGGGCUCUAAAUUCCAAGGCAUCGGCGGUCCACACAUCGGCUUGCGCAACGCGUGGCCCAUGUCCGUCAUCGUCCAGGCCAUGACUUCGACUUCGGACGCCGAGAUCCUCGACUGUCUCGACACGGUGAAGAACGUGAGCGUCUUCGGCCUGAUCAACGAGUCCGUCGACGUCACCCGGGGCGUCAAGCGAGGUGGUGGCGGCGAAGGCAUGACGCGCAGCUGGUUCGCCUGGGCCAACAGCGUCUUCGCCCAGGCCGUCCUGUGGCUCGCCGAACACAAGCCAGCACUCGUCCUGCAGGACAACGAGGACGGAAGUCCCGCUAAGGGGUAUCGUGUCGGUGUUGGCUGGGUGGAAUACUCUGUGUGA